GUGAAGCCUUCUACGGAGGGGUCCAGGGGGAGGGUCUGAUGGGUACUUCAUGGCAUGGAAGCCGAGUCGUGCUUGAGAUGGUGCCACCUUUUUCGGCACAUCUUUUGAGUCCCUCAGCGCCGAGGGCGAGGGCGAGCCUGCGAUCCAUACAAGAGUUCGUGGACUCUUCGUGCGGUAGCCAUUCUGGCCCAAGGUCAAGGCCUCACCCGCGCAAGCGCCCCUGGUUGGACACGUACCUCCCAGCGUGCCUGCUGUUCAGUCGCCAGGCCUGGUGCAGACGAUGAGCCUCUACGGUGCUCGUGGCGGCUCUUUCAUGGCAGCGGGCCCCAACGGCGGCUUCGUUGCGGGAUCACGCGGGGCCUUUGUCGGUGGCGGCGUGGGCGGUGGCGCGAUGGGCAGCGGGGUCUACCCCGGGAUGGGCUAUGCCGGUGGGGGCGUGUAUCCUGGGACGGGGUAUGCUGGCGGUGGGGAAGGCUGCUGCGGAGGUGUGGGCUGUGGCAACAGCUGCGGCGCGGACGGGUGCGGGGUGGGCGUGGCGCCCGCGUGCGGCGACGCGUGCUGCGGGGUCGCGGGCGCCAGCUGCGGGGGCAUAGCCGGAACGACGAUGUCGUAUGUGGGCGCAGGCGGCGACUACAUCGCCACCACCACCUACCAGUACGUGGGCCAGGGCGCGGGCACCUUCACCGUGGUGCCGAUCCCCGCGGCUGGGUGCAGCGUCUGGUGGCUGUGCUGCCUCUGGUGGCUGGCGCUGCUCCCCUUCCUCUUCCUCGCGGGGACCACCACGACCACCACAACAACGCCCCCCAUCAUCAUCAGCACCCCGCCUCCAGAGACCCCGCCGCCCAUCGUGAACCCCACGCCGGCGCCCCCCGGGCCAGGGCCCGCGAAGCAUUGCAAGAUCUUCGGCGACCCGCACGUGAUCACGUUUGAUGGGCAGUCAGCGAGCUUCUACUCCCAGGGCGAGUACUGGACCGUGAAGAGCACCACCGUCUGGAUCCAGGGCCGCUACAUGCCGACUCCAGUGACCAACGGCCUCUCCGUCAUGAAGGAGGUCGCGAUCGGCGGCCCCUUCCUGGAGAGCAAGGACGGCACGAAGAACAUCCUCCGCAUCUCCUCUCUCAGUGCGACCUUCAACGACGUCCCCAUCAUCCUGGCUUCCCGGACGCCUGGGAGAACCAGGAUCCGAUGAUCAAGGUAGUCUCCGACGGCAACGGGCAGGUGAUGCAGUCGAGCCGCUACGGCAAGCAGCUGCGCGUCGUGCACGUGGACCUGCCGCUGGGCGUCCACCUGGAGAUCAAUCGCUGGAACGAGCCAGGCGAGGGCGACUACAUCAACACGAUGAUCACCAUGAGCAAGCAGCCAAACCAGGAUGGGCACUGUGGAAACUUCAAUGGUGUGACCGAGGACGACACCCGGCCGCAGAUCCGUGCCCGCAUCGGCACCACGGGUGUCCCGCAAGAGGAAUUGCUUUUCCACACCAAGACCCCCGUGACGCCCGCGAACCGGCCGGACCUGAACAACUGCCCCACCGACAAGACCGAGAACGCCAGGCAGAUUUGCACGGGGAAGUCCAAGACCGGCAUGCCCAACCAUGACUGCAUGGUGGACGUGUGUUUCGGCGGAGCGCACUUCGCGGAUAUGACCGACUACGACUAGUGAGGGGCGUGAGGCAUCUUGACGAAGAGCAGACGACAUAACCAUGAAUUUUCGCAGCUCCGCGCGGAUUUCUUGAAUCUGCGUAGGGCCCCUCUGGCGGCGCCUCCUGCGCCGCCCCUGGCGCGCUCCGCGCGGCAGGGAGGGGGGUCCAGCUCCGAUCCAAGAAAUUCGCGCGGGGCUCCGAACAUUUAUGGUUAUCCAGCUGCCUGCGGCAAGUCCCGCUACCGUGCCAGCCCAGCAUUCUGGGUGGCUGCUGUUUGGGG